AUGUCUUACUGCAAGCAAUAUGGCAAGGAUAAGGUGUGCUUCGUCACCAAGGAGGACCAUUCAACGCCCAGCACCAUCGAGCUACCGCCACCGGAACAGCCAGAAGGUGUGAUAACCAAGGACGGCAACAUCAACUGGAGUUGCCCCUGUUUGGGCGGCAUGGCCACCGGUCCCUGUGGCGUCGACUUCCGCGAAGCCUUCUCCUGUUUCCAGUAUAGCAAGGCCGAUCCUAAGGGCUCUGAUUGCUACGAUGCAUUUACCAAGAUGCGUGACUGUUUCCAGAAGUAUCCCACCGUGUACAACAAGUCUGGUGGCGAGGAUGACGACGAAGACGGAAUGGGAGGUGCACUGGGCGACGGUGGGGAUGGUGACAAGAACGCAGACCCACUGGCCGAUGCUCCUCCUGAGCCCACAGAGGUGAUGGCAGGACCCAAUAGUAGCUCUGUAGUGGCUAAGAAUUAGGUGGGAAUAGUUUCGCGUUAAAGUUAUUUAAACGAUAAGGGCUAGGUGUGACUUCGUAAAAAAUAAAUAAACCUUGUCAUAGUUACCAUA